CACAAAUAGGAGGUGCACCGACAAUGUGGACGACUACUAUACUGUUGGUGCUGCUGGCAGUAACUUCACACACUGUGGCAAAGCCCAAAAACCGCUUCACUCGCUAUCCAUCAUGGAACACUAAGAUGUACCCAGUCUGGAAAGAUGGAGACCCACGAUACAAAGACUCCUGGAGAGGUGGAAGAGUGACUUUCAAUGUAGGGAACGAUUCGCCAACCCUGACCGGGGCCAAAGUUACCUUCACCAUUGACUUGCAGUUCCCACACAACCAGAAGGUGCAGCCUAACGGAGAAGUUGUCUGGGCUGAGGACUGCAUAGUCAAUGGAACAAAAUACCACGAGUCUGAGCCAGUGUACCCAGCACAGAACACUGACUGGGAAGCUGUUUUUCCUGAUGGGACACCAGUUAAGAAGGACAAGAAGCCGAGCUAUGUGUUUGUCUGGAAGACCUGGGGUCAGUAUUGGCAGGUGGCAGACGGCUCCUCCUCCUCUCUGACCAUCGAUACAGACGACAUCCCACUGGGCUCCUACACCAUGGACAUCGUUAUCUACCACUACCGCAGCAAAGAGAAGUUCAUUCCUCUGGGAUAUGCCACCACUCAGUUCUCCAUCACUGAUCAAAUCCCCUUCGCUGUCUCCCUGGACCAAGUGAACGACAUCGUGGCCGGGGACAUGCGCUUCAUCCAGAACAGGGCGAUCGCCUUCACCAUCACCCUCCACGACCCCAGCGAGUACCUCAGCAACGCAGACAUCACCUUCAACUGGGACUUUGGGGAUGCAAGUGGAGCUCUCAUAUCCAGAGAGCUGACUGUCACGCACACCUACAUCAGCUCUGGCUCAUUCAAGCCUCAGGUGGUGAUCCAGGCGGUCAUCCCGGAUAAGGCCUGCGAUCCACCAGUUGAUCCUCCAACCAAGGCCCCUGGUCCACAUACUGAUCAGGGCACCACAGUGAAAGCUCCUGCACUGGCGUCUGCUCUCCCUCUGCUGAUUUCCACCAAGUCAACUGGUCUGAAUGUCAAUAUGGUGCCGUCAGACACAGAGGAGGACAACACUGAGGAUGAGGCCUCCACCGCCUCCACCACCCAGCCUGCCCAGGAAACACCCACAGUGACCAAGACUCCCUCCCCCAUCAACCAGGACACGCCAGCUGACAGUGACGCAGGGACUGGGCUUGCAGCAGGUACAAAGCGAACAGUGACCCUGACAGGCCAAGCUGCAGUGGUAGUAGUUGCUAAGAGGGAGGCUAAUGAGAAACCCUCCGAUGAUGACUGUGUGAUUUAUCGAUACGGCUCCUUCUGCACCGGCAUUGAAGUGUUUGAGGGCAUUGAAACAGUACAGAUAGUACAAAUGGACAACGCUAUUGUCGAAACACCAGAAAUGGACAAAAAUGUUGUGGAUAUCACCGUUACCUGCCAGGGAAGCCGUCCCAAGGAGGUGUGCAGUGUGAUUCUGGACGCAGAGUGCUUGAGGCCAAUUCACACAGCGUGCAACAUGGUGGAGCCCUCAAAGGAGUGCCAGCUGGUGUUACGUCACUUCUUCAAUGACUCUGGUGUCUACUGCAUCAAUGUGUCCAUGGCCAAUGAUGUCAGUUUAGCUGUCACCAGUGCCAAACUCAACCUUGAGACGGGUCCCAGUGUUUCCUCCUCUGGCACCAUCGCCAUGUUGUUGGGUGUCGUGGUACUUGUUCUAGCUGUGGGAAUAGUGGCAUAUUCCUACAAGCGUUUCAAGUCCUACCGACCUCUGAAGGAAGACGUGAUCGCGUCUGGAGGACAGCAGCUCGGCCGGGAUCAGAGCUGCUCCGGAGCCUCGAUCUUCUGGAACCUCCUGAACAGACGAGGAACCGUCGACAACUGCCCUCUGCUGCAGGACAGGCCUGUUUGAACCAUCACUAGCCUUGCACAACCAAAUACAAAAACAAGCAGCAUCUGAUUUGCAGGUUACAGGCACCUGAGAUGUCUUUUUGUACUUUUUGUUUGUUUUGUUUUUUUUACAUAUUUUCCAAAAUGAGAAACUUCAUGACGUUUAAAUCAAAAAUUAAUUGGAACUAUACCUUAGUAAUACUCUGAUCUUUUGUACCGACUUGAAGCAAGUUUGGUAGAAAAAGUGUCUGAUUUUAUUUGGACAAAACGAAUUUGAAUGUUUUUCCAAUAAA